AUGGAGACGCGCGGAGCUGCUCAACGAGUAACCAAUACUACACUAGAUCAAGAAGGAGUAUUCAACGAGAGAUUGAACAAACUUCGUAGGUCUAUUGCGAGCUAUAGGGGUUAUUUAACUCGUCUGUAUAGAGAGACGGAUGAGCUCAUGCGGAACUAUGAUAAUUACAAGGAAGUAAUAAAGAAACGUGAGGAUUUAGAUAAAGGUUUUGCAAACUUUAAAGAAGCAAGUGACAAUUGUGGCCGAUUCCUUAUUAAAGACGAAGAAAAGGAAGCCAUGGCGAGUCAAUUGGACAUUGAAAUCAGGCGUUAUCAAGAAUUUAAGAUUAGAUACUCAGACUGGCUGGGAAAGUUCACUCGAAGAGAAAACCGAUCAAGUGAAACGGGUAUGCAAAUUUCACCGAACAAAUUUGAAAUGCAAACAAUAUCUCGUGAUGAAGCUCAUGAAGCGGAACUGCAGACAAAGGACGGGGGCGAUUCGUUGAAUUCUUUAACUAGAAGUGACCGAAUGGCAGACAAUGAAACCGCGAAAACAACCAGAGAACGGGAUAGUUUAUAUAAAGACAGUGCCUUGCGAGUACCAAGCCUGGGGAAGCAAAAAUAUUUGUCAAACUAUUCAACUCAGAGCCCAAGAAGUAAGAGCGAGGGAAAACCAUGGUUCGAGAACGAGUCGAAGAAGUCUAGUCAGAGUAGUGGGAGAAGUAAACAAAGUCAAAAGCUGGCGAUGUCUCGGUUGAAGUUAAAACGGCUCGAAGAAAAGGAAGAGCUCCUCGAAAGACAACAGAAACUAGAAGCUGAAAUAUACGAACGAAAAUUAAAAACAGAAAUGGCAAAAUUGGAAUUAAAAGGUGAAAUUAUCGACGCUCGAGCAGAAGUUGAAAAGUGUGCAAUUGAAUCACAAUACUCCGUUGAUGAUGGUGAUUUCGGACGUGACGCAGAUGAGCGACUUCCAGAUCUAGAAAGACAGACUUUACAACAGACCAUGGAGAAGUUUUUGGGAUCCAGUUGGACAGAGAAGCAGGUGGAAGAAUUCCCAACACCGAGUCGAUCAAAUCCUCCGCCGAUAACUUUAGCGAGGAAUGACGGAGGUAUUCAUCCUGAAAUUCAGCGUUUACUCGAAAGACAGAGUCAAGUUAUCGAAGGUCAGAAUACUACGGUAGAAAAGCUGACAUCUAGUCUUGACCUGCCGAAGCGUGAAUUUUUGUGCUUUGAUGGCAACCCAACAACGUAUUUGCGAUUUAUAAAAAACUUUGAAGUGAAUGUAGAAAGUCGGGUACCUGACGAAACAGUUAGACUUUCCUAUCUUAUUCAAUAUACCAGCGGGGCAGCUAGACAAGCUAUUGAGAACUGCGUGAUCUACCCGACGGAUGUUGGCUACGAGAAAGCCAAAGAAAUUUUACGUAAGAACUUUGGUCAAAAACAUAACAUCGUACGAGCGUUUGUUGAAAAAGUUGUAAAAGGACCGCAGAUUAAAUCCGGUGAAACCGAAAAGAUGAUGCAAUUAGCCCGUGAUAUGCGCAACUGUUUGAUGAAUUCAAUGCAAAUGAACUACAAGGCGGACAUUAAUUCGUUGGAUACGUUGAUGAAGGUGGUGAAGAGACUUCCAUCAUAUUUGCAGGCGAAGUGGGCAGAUGUCUCGGGUAAAUUAAUCCAAGAAGAAAAAGAACCCGAAUUUGAACAUUUAGUUGACUUUGUGGAAAAGUAUGCUGCGAUAGCCAAUACCACAUUUGGUAAACUGGUCGGAUCGAAGCCAGAAGGAGAUAUCAAACCAAAACCCAAAGUAAGGGAACCUGUUCUUGAUUCCGGCAGAGUAUCAACAUUUGGAACACAGCAUGCUGAAACACAGACUGGUGGUGAUAGUUCGAAUGAUCAUAAAUCGCAGCAAAGAAGUAGGCAGUGUUUUCUGUGUGGAGCAUCGAAUCACGACUUGGAAAAAUGCUACAAGUUUAGGCAGAAGUCUUACCAAGAACGAUUAGAAUUUACUCGGACAGAAAAAUUGUGUCACAAUUGUUUAAGAAAGAAUCAUUUUGCAAGACGAUGUAGAUUGGGUCCGGCAUGUAUGCUGAGUGGCUGUAAUGUUCGACACCAUUCCCUUCUUCAUUUACCAGUUAAUCCACCAGAGAGUUCACCCAGCUCUGAAAAAGAUCAGGAAGAAUCCCCUCAUCGUAGUAACGAGGCCGGAAAUUCUGGACAUUGUGGAGUGGCAGCGAAGAAGAAACCAAGGGUAUGUUUAAGAAUACUUCCAGUCAGAAUCACCAACAACGAUGGCACUCGUCAAGUGGAUACGUAUGCCUUUAUUGAUAACGGAUCAGAUACGACACUUUGCACGAACAAUUUAGUAGAAAAGCUUCACCUGAAACAUAAACCAACUGAAUUUUCCCUAACAACGGUCAAUGCUCAGGACAAGAAGAGACGUGGUCUAGAAGUUGAGCUGAAGGUGCAAGCUUUGAAAGGCGAAGGCGAACUACAAUUAGAUCGUGUAUGGAGUGUUGAUCGUCUACCUAUUUCAGAAAGAAGUAUCCCUGAGGUGGACGAUAUUGGCCAUUGGUCUCAUUUGAAUGGUAUCGACUUCCCCGAGCUCGAUGACAAAGAAGUCAGUAUCUUGAUUGGAAGUGACGUUCCGGAAGUUCAUUGGACAUUAGAGGAAAGACGGGGAGGACCUAAAGAACCAUUGGGAGUCCGUACCAUACUUGGCUGGACGCUGUUUGGUCCUAUAGGAAGUGGAACUAGUACGGAAGGAAAUGUUAAUUUCGUACAAAUCGAUCAUGGUGAAGAAAUAACACAUCAGUUAGAACGAUUAUAUAACAGUGAAUUCAAUGAUUUACCCUUGAAUGGAGAUAAACCUACGUCGAUCGAAGACCGUCGAGCUCUUACUAUUAUGGAAAAAUCUGUACGACAAGUCGAUGGUCACUAUCAGAUAUCUCUACCGUGGCGUUAUAGUCCACCGUGUUUACCAGACAACAAAUUAUUGGCUGAGAAGAGACUCCAACAACUUCAAAGGCGAUUAAAGUAUGAUGAACAACUGAAACAGAAGUACCGGAAUGUUAUUGAUGAUUAUGUCGUCAAAGGUCAUGCCAGAAGAGUUCCUGAGGCUGAGAUUGACUCGAAUGAUAAACCCCUUUGGUAUCUGCCUCACCAUCCUGUAUUACCUGCCAAGAAGCCAGGAAAAGUCAGAGUCGUGUUUGACUGUUCGGCACAAUAUAAGGGAACAUCGGUCAAUGAUCAGCUAUUAAGUGGACCAGAUUUAACAAAUUCACUUGUUGGGGUUCUACUUCGCUUCCGUCAAGAAUCGAUUGCUAUGAUGUCGGAUGUUGAACAGAUGUUUCAUCAAGUCCUUGUAGAUCCAAAAGACCAGGAUGCCUUCAGAUUCUUGUGGUGGCCAAAAGGUGAUCUGAAAACGAAAGCAGAAGAAUUCCAAAUGCUGGUGCAUUUGUUCGGUGCCACCUCAUCGCCAAGCUGUGCAAAUUUUGCAUUAAGGAAAACAGCCGAAGACAAUCGAAAGGAUUUUGAUUUAUCAGUUAUCGAGACAGUGAAUCGUAAUUUUUACGUAGACGAUUGUCUAAAAUCAGUAGCGACGAUUGAAAGAGCACUUCACUUGGUAAAAGAAUUACCACGGUUGUUGGAACGAGGGGGAUUUAAUCUUACGAAGUGGGUAUCGAAUCGUCGAGAAGUUACUACCGCCAUACCAGUAGAGAAAAGAGCUUCUGUGGUCGAUUUAGAUUUGGAGAAAUCGCGGAUAGAUCGAGCCUUGGGGGUUCACUGGGACAUAGAUAACGAUACGUUUGGCUAUAAAGUUGGAAAACGUGAGGCUGUUGAUACGCGAAGGAAGAUUUUAUCGUUAGUCUCAUCAAUAUACGAUCCUUUGGGUAUUGCUGCGCCAUUGCUGUUACCAGCCAAGAAGAUCUUACAAGACCUAUGCAGAAAUCUGAUUGGUUGGGACGAAAUAAUUCCGCCUGAACUUUCCGUGAAUUGGGAGAAAUGGAUUGAUAAUCUACCUGGUCUUGAGCGACUUGCCAUUCCACGUUGUUUGAAACCCGAAACCUUGGGUAGACUUUCUUCCAUUCAGUUACAUUAUUUUGCUGAUGCUUCGGAGAUCGGAUAUGGGGCAGUUUCGUAUCUUCGUUUGGUCGACGUGUCGGGAUCCAUACAUUGUGUCCUCCUGAUGGGAAAGUCGCGUGUUGCACCGCUAAAAUUACUUACUAUCCCAAGAUUGGAACUUUCUGCAGCCACAGUCGCAGUUAAGCUACAUAAGUUUAUUUCGUAUGAGUUGGAACUACCGAUUCACGAUACAGUAUUCUGGACGGAUUCUACCAUCGUCAUACAAUAUAUACGGAAUGAAGCUAGAAGAUUCCAGACCUUUACGGCUAAUAGAUUAGCACUGAUUCAUGAGAUCUCAACACCUAACCAAUGGAGACACGUUCCCUCGGAAUGGAAUCCUGCAGAUUCAGCGUCUCGUGGGUUGGAGAUGAAUGAUUCAAAGAAACUUCAACAGUGGCUUAAUGGACCCUCGUUUUUGUGGGAAGCCGAAUGUUUCUGGCCAGAGCAACCUGCUGACUUGAUUGAAUUAGCUGAUGAUGACGAAGAGUUGAAGAAGAAGUCUUUCAAUAUACACUCUGUUACAGAUCAUGAUGGUGUUUAUAGUUUGUUGAACCAAUUUUCCACUUGGACGAAACUUCAAACCUCGAUUGCCUGGUUUCUUCGUUUUAAGACAUUUAUACUCGCUGCGCUUAAAAGCUCGAGAUCAAGAAAUAUGACUCGUGGACCACUUAGAGUUUACGAACUACGUCACAGCACACAUGAAAUUGUUCGUUUGGUUCAAGAGUUGGCAUUUCCCAAGGAACUAGAACUUAUUCGGACUGGUAAAGGCGACAGCUUGGGUAAAGUUCUUCGAGGUACAGGCUAUUUAAGUCCAUUGAGAAAGCUUAAUCCGAUUAUUGUUGAUGAUGUCCUGAGAGUUGGUGGUCGUUUACAGAGAGCCUCGAUUGGUUACAACGCUUCUCACCCAGUGAUUCUACCUCAGAAACAUCCAGUGACCCAGUUGAUAAUUAACCACUACCAUCAGAUGGAAGGCCAUGUUGGUAGCAGCCAAGUCUUGGCCACAAUUAGACAAAGAUUCUGGAUUCUGCAAGGUCCGAGUGCGGUUAAACAAGUAGUGCGGAGGUGCUUUACGUGUCGUCGUUGGAAUUCACGCCCGAUAGAGCAAAUGAUGUCUCCGUUGCCAGAAGCAAGAGUCACUCCAGAAGAACCAGCAUUUUCGUCAGUUGGUAUCGACUAUUUUGGCCCACUCUUUGUGAAAUUAAAGCGAAGCGUUGUCAAACGAUAUGGAUGCGUAUUCACUUGUCUUGUUAUCCGGGCUGUCCAUAUCGAGGUAUCUUACGAUUUAAGCACAGAUUCCUUCAUACAAGCCUUUAUGAGGUUCGUCAGCCGACGUGGUCCUCCUACCAAGGUCUUCAGUGACAAUGGUACAAAUUUUAAAGGUGCGGAAACCGAGAUAAAGGAAGCUUUGACAAAAUGGAAUCAGGAUCGUAUUUCUCGUUCUUUGAGAAGUCGUGACAUUGAAUGGAAUUUUAACCCACCAGCUGCAAGCCACGCGGGUGGUGUCUGGGAAAGGAUGAUCCGAUCAAUCAGGAAAAUAUUGCGUUCGUUGAUGACAGAUCAGUUGGUGAAUGAUGAAACUCUUGCAACAAUUUUGGCAGAAGUCGAAAAAAUCCUCAACGAUUGGCCUUUGACCCGACUUAGUGAUGAUCCUAAUGAUUUAGAGCCAUUGACUCUGAAUAAAUUGUUGUUAUUACGUCCAAAUCCUUGCUAUCAACCCGUUGAAUUUGGCGAAACGACUUCAUACAACAAGAAAUGGAAACAAGCCCAGUAUCUUGCCUCCAUAUUUUGGAAGCGUUGGAUUAAGGAGUACUUACCUACUUUACAAGAACGUCAGAAAUGGUUACGCCCUAGACGAAAUGUUGUUCCUGGUGAUCUCGUUUUAGUCGUGCAAGAGAAUGUUCAACGUGGACGGUGGCCGAAAGCUAUAGUUGAAGAAGUAUUCCCUGAUGAAUAUGGUCAUGUUCGCCAUGUUAUAAUAAGGACUGAAACUGCGCGAUUACGACGUGACGUGCGGAAACUGUGUUUGUUAGAAAGUGCUAUUUAAUUAGAGACG